AUGAGCCGCUUCUGUUCGGACAACAACAACUUCCCUUACGACAACAACGUCCUGGUGUUGGACAUGGUGUUGGGCUCUCUGUGGGGAGUGCCCCAACCCAUAAACUGGGACAACGUAGCCAAGCUGGUUCCAGGAUUCACACCAAAGGAGUGUGCCCGUCGCUUUGAGGAGCUGAAAGGCACCGGGGGUUUCCCUCACGUUGACAACCAGUGUAAUGACCUGACAGAGGGAAACACCUCGCCUGAAGACGGGCUGUCCACACUGCUGCACAACGGGGAGGUGGUGGAGACAGGAAGCAGCCAGAGCGUUAGCAAAGUAACAGGCUCCAAAUCGACAGGGCCAGGAAGGACUGGUGCUGUGGAGAAGAGGGAGAAAAGAGCCUCAGUGGAGGAGGAUGAUAAACCUCAGAAACCUAGAGAUCCUAACAUGGUCAUACACGUGUGCGAUGAAACCAAGAACCUGAAGCAGGACUUCACCUGUCCCAGAGAUCUUCUGGUGAAAGAGAUGCGCUACUUCGCCGAGUAUUUGUCCGUAGACGCCCAGAGGUGGGAGGAGGUGGACAUCUCGGUCCACUGCGACGUCCAGAUCUUCGACUGGCUCAUGAACUACGUCAGGAGGAACUCGGCCGGAGAGGGAAACAAGGACAAACCCCGGCUCGAGCCCAGCAAUGUGAUCUCAAUCCUGAUCUCCUCCGAGUUCUUGAAGAUGGAUACGUUAGUGGAGGAGUGCAUCCAGUACUGCCACAAACACAUGAGUGCCAUCGUGUCCACGCCCUGCAACAUGAACUGCAUCAACAGCAACCUGACCACGCGCAUCGCCGAGCUCUUCAACCACAACGAGGCCGACGACAUCAGGGAUAAAAAGGACAAGUUCAAGAGCAAAUUGUUUCAAAAGAAAAUUGAGCGUCUCUUCGACCCAAACUACCAGAGCAGAGAUUCACCCAGAAACGCCUCCUCUCUCUAUCGGUGUGGCCUGUGCCUUAAAAUACUGACCAAAGACACAGAGAGCAAGAUCUCCUGCGUUCCAGGGAAAAUCAACAUCGACCCGCGUGGAGAGAUCAUCUACACACACCCAAGGCAGAAGAACUGGGAUGUGCAUGAUUACCUCAAUGGUCUGUAUGAGGAGCUCAAAUCCUGGGUCCUGGUCUACUGGAGAAUCUGGGGUACAGUCAACUAUCUCACCUGCUCACGAUGCCAACAGGAAUUUGUGUGUGCAGAGCUAACCCACUGCAAGUACCAUCCAGACAGUGUGCUGUACCCCGGCUUGGGUACAGAGAAAGGCUGGCACGGUGCAGGAAUCUACCCCUGCUGCAACCAGAGAGUUCUCCGAUUUGACCCCACUGGUAUGCCCAAGGGCUGUAAGAUGCGAGACCACAUAGUGAACAUGCCGGAUGAGGAGAACUGUGACGAGGCCAUGCUGGCUCAGACCAGAGUCCUGAACGACCUGCUGCUGCACAGAGACGCUGUGUGUUUGUCCAGCACGCCGCCUGCAGAGAGUGCGGAGGAGAGUCCGACCGGUGCAGAGAAGGUUCAGGACUGUGACGUUCUCCUGGAGCCGACCCUCUUCAGACCUCUGAGGGGAGACAGCAGCACAUUUUCCCUUUUGAAAAACUGGAGUCUGCAACUGAGGCAACAGUCUCUGCUGUCAGAGGAUGAGGAGUACACCACGGGGUCAGAGGUCACUGAAGAUGAGGUGGGGGAUGAAGAGGAGCUGUCCAAGAAACAAGCUGCUAAGAAGGCCAAGAAGGCCCACAGACCUCUGAAAAAACAAUUGUCCUCUCCAAACUUCCAACGCAGAGACAAACCAGAGAAAUCACAGUCCAGAGACAACACACCUUUCACGGUGAGCCUUCAGAAAAGUAAGUGGGACAGUUCUCGCUCCAUGCGGUACAACCAGGACGCUCAGAGAGAAGAAGACCAGCGUCGCAUGGUGGAGAUCGUCGGCUACUUGACCAAGAUGAGGUUUGGAGAUCAGGAGCAGAGUAAAUCCAAGGAUACUAAAGAGCCUGCAGGGGGAAUCUACUCCAAACUGGAAGUGCAAUUCAAAAGUAACGCCAGACAGAGUUCAGAGAAGACACCCAGAACUAAAGUACGCUACGCUCAGAUCCGGACAACCUAGAAGAUGCUACGAGGAGAGAAAAAAAAUCUGCUGAACUUUUAUUAAAGGAUGAGCAG